CUUAGAUAGCUUUAUGCAAGUAUUGGGCGCUAGGCUUAGAUCUAGAACUAGAGUCUAGCUGUUUUAGUCUUUCCUUCCACACAAAAUUUCUAUUAUUUAUCUAGAUGUGGAUAUAAUUUUUUGUAUGCUUUUAGAAAUUCACAUGUUUAUUACAUAAAAUGCCUUUUGGCAUAAAACCAGUGUGUACUUCUUGUAAAAUAACACUUUCUCCUAUUUGGAGAAAAGGACCGCAGGGUGAAGUGCUAUGCAAUUCUUGUGGGCUAAAACAACUUAACGGAUUUCACAAUAACGCUUCUGUUGUCAAGAAUGAUGUUGGAUCUAAUGGGCAGGCGAAUGGUGGGAACAAGACUAGUAUUGGAUCAUCAGUAAACUCUGGAACAGCUGGGAAUGGGCAACCUGCUUUACGCAAAAGCACAAGAAUCAAGCCGACCAAAAAAUCAGCACUUUCCUCUACUAAAAAUUUAUCCACGAAAGGAAAAGGACGCAGAAUACUAUUCAAGAAAAAUCAACCUUUAAAAGCUCCAGCAUCAGUUUCCACUGUGGUUACAGGAGAGAGUGUUUUUCAUAAGGAUCAAUACUAUCAAGUAGGAGAUGUUGUUUCAUUGGUGGACCAUGAUGGUAGCUUGUAUUAUGCACAGUUACGAGGAUUUUUAUCAGAUCAGUACAAUGAAAAAAGUGCCGUUAUAACAUGGCUGUUACCAACUACAAAUUCACCACAAAACAGAUUUGAUCCUAAUACAUAUAUACUAGGACCAGAAGAAGAACUUCCAAGAAAAAUGGAGUAUAUGGAAUUUGUUUGCCAUGCACCAUCAGAUUAUUUCCGUGCUCGGGAUGCACCAUAUAAGACUGUAAACCCAGAGCCAAAACUUUGUUAUAUAUGGACAUCUAUCGGCCCUCAGAUACAAACAACACCAUCUAUAGAUGAAAUUUUUGGUAUCAGUGACCCUAGUAUUUUAGAUGCUAACAGUGGAAGGGGAAAACAUGAAAGAGAUAAACUAAAAGACACUCCAGGCGUUCGAGAGAAGGAUCGGCUAGAAAAACGUGGAAUAAAAGUGGAAGUGGAUGACUGA